AUGACCGUAGAACAAGCUGUGUGUUGUGCUGUUAAGAUAUUAAUGAAAGGUCCUCUAGUGAGCUUACUAGCUCAUAAUCAAUUUCAAACAGGUAAAAAAAAUUGCGGACUCAUUGCACCUCUAACACCAUCUACUGCGGUCAACGAAGAAGAGUUGAAAGAGUUGGAGGUAAGAAAGAAAUUAAUAGUCGUUGCAGAUCGAAAUCAGUAUCCUAAUGAAUUCUCAAUAAAAAGGUAUCUCAGAGCUUUCAAUCGGGCUACUCGCAAAACCACCAGAUGUAGGACGGAAUAUAACGUCAAUGGAUUAACCCGAGAUCAUCCGGACGUCAAAAAACGUUACGAACAGAGCAAAGCUCGAGUGUUGAGACAAAGAUAUGGUUGGCUGACUAGUUAUCUAUAUACAGGCUAAUAUUAACGAUGAAACAUAGAUGAAUUAACAAGUUUUAUCGUUUAUUGUUUUGAAGAAGACAUAUUUUGAAGAGUCUUAGAUAAUCUCUUUAUAGUAUUCGAUUUAAAAGAUUUCGGUUUAAGUUGUAUGGACUAUCAGAUAGAAAAUCUUAUCUAUUUUUUAUCAAGACAUUAUCCUGAAAGAUUGGGAGUUCGCCUCAUAUUAAAUGCCCCUCAACUUUUUUACACUACUGAACCCGUUAUCAAGGGAUGAUUAGACGAAAACACUUCACACAAAGUUCUUUACUUUAAUUCAGAGGAAAAAUUGUGUAAAUUUCUUAUACCUGUUAUCUUACCGAGCUGUAAAAGUGACUAA